GCCGCCGCGCCAGACUUCCGGGGGGCGGGGCAAGAUGGCGGCAGUAACGGCCUUACCGGUCUCCCUCUCGGCCAGGUUUAAGGGAUCCUUUGCAUACUUUACAGUUAAAGACCGACUACCCCAGAUCCUCACAAAAGCUAUUGACACUCUGCAUCGACACAAAAAUGAGUUCUUUGAAGAACAUGGUGAGAAGGGUGUUGAAGCAGAGAAGAGAGCUAUAUCCUUCCUUUCCAAAUUACGGAACGAACUGCAAACAGACAAACCUGUGACUCCCCUAGAAGAUGAGCUGCCUGAUGCUGCCCUGUGGAACCAAUACCUAGACUACCAACGUAAUCUAUUAAAUGGAAACGGAGAACCAAGUUGGUUUCAGUCCCCUUGGUUGUUUGUAGAGUGUUACAUGUAUCGAAGAAUUCAUGCAGCAUUAGCACAGAACCCCCCUAUUGGCAGCUUUGAUGUAUUUAAGGAAGGAAAGGCUCAAAAUUUCUUUGAAUCCCAAGAGGCUAUUAUUGCUUUAUGCACUUACUUCCAGGAACUUCUUAAAAACAUCAAGGAUUUAGAUGAAAAGCAACUUCAGGGGGAACUUUUUAAACUACUGCAGGUGUCACUGUGGGGCAAUAAGUGUGACCUUUCUUUUUCAGCCGGUGAGAAAAGCUCUCAGAAAUCUAGUCCUUUACAAUGCCUGGAAGACAUGGUACCUUACAUCAUAGUGAAUGAUAUGGAAAAACUUUGGUCACUACUUAGAAAUGCCAAAAAAAGGAAUACAGAUAAGUGUACUGUUAGAGUUGACAUAAUCUUGGAUAAUGCUGGAUUUGAGCUUGUAAGUGAUCUUGUGUUGACUGACUUCUUGUUGUCAUCAAAGCUGGCCGAUGAAGUCCAUUUCCAUGGAAAAAGUAUUCCAUGGUACGUGUCAGAUACAACAAAGAAUGAUUUUAACUGGACUAUUAAACAGCUCCAGUCAGCUAAUCAUAUGUGGAUGUCUAGAUGUGGGAUAAACUGGGAGGGCAACUUGAAAAAGGGCAUUUGGGUUUACCAAGAUCACAUGUUUUGGACUUUGCCACAUAUCUAUUCCAGCAUGGCCGAGGUUGCUCCUGAUUUGUAUGCUGAUCUACAGAAGUCAAAUUUGCUUCUUUUUAAAGGUGAUCUAAACUACAGAAAAUUAACAGGUGAUAGAAAAUGGGAGUAUACUGUGCCAUUUCAUCAGGCCUUGAACAAGUUUCAUCCUGCACCUCUCUGUAGUUUAAGAACGCUAAAAUCGGACACUCAGGUUGGCCUGAAGCCUGGGCAGGGUGAACAAAUCCAGGCUUCUGAACCAGAAUGGAUGAUAAGUGGCAAAUAUGGGGUAGUUCAGUUUGAUGCUACUCCCUGAUUCCAGUUAAACGGUUCCUAAAACUCUUAACAGCCAGAUGUAGAAGAGUUGUGGCUGUUUUUUUUUUCUGUUUGGCUUAAGCAAUUUUUUUUGUUUGUUUGUUUGCCCUUUUUUCCAAAUGAUUUGUUGUUCCUUAAGACUUUGAUGUUCCAUAAAAAUUUCUGAGCUGGCUUUGUAUACAUAAAUUGCUCUGCAUUUCAAUAUAUACUUUUUUCUAACGUAAGUGGCUGAUGUCUAACAUGAAUAUGGCUAUUAUUUUUUUUCCCCUCAUCUGUGGGUGUGAGAGUUUAUGCCCAAGAAGUGAAAAAUCUACUUCAGAAACCAUUUUCUCAAUCACAUCUAAGCAUGUAUUUACUUACUUCAGGAUAAUUUGUUCUCUAUGUGCCACGCAUUGCAUGGAAGUUAAUAUUUUAGCAAGUACAUAAAUAAAUUCUUUUGAAUGUGGUCAUUGCAGGGUCAUAUUUUAAAACAAUUUGGAAGAGUUUACUUGUACCUAGACUUCAUCACAUAAUUACUUUUUACGUGUUGCUUGUGUCAAUGGACAAAUCAUGUUCAGAGUUUUUAAAUAGUUAUCUUUAUUUGAAUAUAGUUAGCAGUAUGUUAAGAUAAAUGUUUUUAGUAAAUAUUGAUUUAGAAUUUGAGAACUAAUUUUUUUUAUUUUAAAAUAUGGAUGAAUGUUGCUAUUUAUUUUGUUGGUAAGAGGAAUGUUAUCCUAUCUGGUAAGAAAAACAGUAGGAAAAAGGACAAUUUCAUUUUAAGAGGGCGGAAGGUAUUAUUUAUUUAAGGGUCUCUACCAAAAACAAGAAGAAAAACAAAAACGACAACAACAAAAAACAACAAACACAAGCUUGAAUUGAAGGUGGCCUUUACAUUAGUGACUGUGGUUGAAGCAUUUUUUCCUCUUUCAACUUUUAUAUAUUUUAGAAGGAUACCACAAUUUAUAUUGGGGAAAUGCAGCCCCAGUUGCACUGAGAAAUACAGUGUAUGUUAGAGAUAUAUAUACCAUAAGGUUGCUGCUUAUUGGAGUUACAUCCCUGUUGCUUCUCCUACUCCAGUGUCAGGAUACCUCACACUGAAAUUGGGUGGGAAUUCAGUAAUCUUUUUGUGAUUCCACAGAUUCUUCCCCCAGAAUGUAAAGAAAGGAGAAGGACUUCAGUAACUUCUU